AUGCUGCUCGAGCUCGCCACACAAGUUGAUGAGGAGCCAUUGACGCCAGAAGAGGAUGAGGAGGAUGACGACGAGUUCAGGGUGACGGCGAGGAAGGAGAUCAAGAGGGCAACGGCGAUGAAGAGGUCUAGGGCAGCAAUGAUGAAUAGCCUGAUCGAUCUACAGACCAUUGGCCUUUCUUCAAUUAAUGGAGUUAGCAUUUUGCAUUUCUUGCUUUCUUCUUGGAUUGGUUUCUUUCUUGUCUCUGUCAUGCCAUCCCGAUUAUCAUCUUCAUGUUCUAGUUCUCUGACUGAAUUCAUCCCUGUUGAGGUGGUCUCCAGUGAUCAUAUUAAUGAACCCCCGGACAAGUCGCUCCUGCUGUUGGUUUCGGGGAGCUAUUUCUUGCUCCCUGCUUGUUUGGGGUGCUUUUCUGUUCUACUCUUCAGGUCAGUGUUCUUCUUUGAUGAAGUGCUUAAGGUGGUUAAAGAGAACAAGGAUAUCAAGAGUCAGAUAACUAAGCUUACCAAUGCUCUUACUAUACAAGAGAGAGGCAAAAUUCCAUCUCAGCCUCAAACCAAUCUGAAGGGGUCACAUAUGGUACAGGAAUCCACCUCUGAUUUGGAGAACACCAAGGGGUCCACGCCAUCACUACUUCCAAUGGUAAGAUAUUCAAUUGUAAUUGAUAGUGAGUCGACGAUUCCGCUUAUUUUAGGAUGGCCAUUCCUUGCUACAACCAAUGCUCUUAUUAAUUGGAGGAAUGGUUUGAUGAAACUUUCAUUUGGGAAUUUGACUCUUGAAGUGAACAUUUUUCAUGUUGGGAAGCAGCCCCGAGACGAGGACAAGUGCUAUCAUACCUACAUGAUAGACUCUCUCAUUGCAGAGGAAGUAGAUGAAAGGGAAAAUUCUAAAUCUUUAGAAUACCUCCUAUCGAACUGGAGUGCACAAGAUAAGCGUAAGUUCUUGGUUGAGGUAAGAAAGUUUUAUUGGGAUGAUCCUUAUUUGUUUAAGUAUUGCCCUAACCAAAUCAUGAGGCGUUGCAUUCCAGAUGGUGAAACUUGUGGUGGCCAUUUUUCUAUGAAGAAGACUACUGCAAAGGUUUUGCAAAGUGGUCUUUGCUGGCCUACUUUGUUUAAGGAUAUUAAUGCUUUUUGUCGUUCUUGUGAUAGGUGCCAGAAGCUAGGUACAUUAACUCGUCGUCACAUGAUGCCCCUUAACCUCAUCCUGGUUAUUAAGAUUUUUUAUUGUUGGGGUAUUGAUUUCAUGGGGUCAUUUUCACCUUCUUUUGUCUAUCUUUAUAUUCCUCUUGCUGUUAACCAUGUGUCUAAAUGGGUUGAAGUUGUGUCGUGUCGUACUAAUGAUAACAAAGUUGUUGUUAAGUUCUUGAAAGAAAAUGUGUUAUCUAGGUAUGGUACGCCACAUGUGAUUAUUAGUGAUCAAGGGGCACAUUUUUGUAAUCGUUCUUUUGAAUCUUUGAUGCAUAGGUACGGCGUUAUUCACAAGGUGUCAACUGCUUACCAUCCAUAG